AUGUCCCUCACCAACUGCCGCUUCUACGAGGAGAAAUACCCGGAGAUCGACUCAUUCGUCAUGGUAAAUGUCAAACAAAUCGCCGAAAUGGGCGCCUACGUCAAGCUCCUCGAAUACGACAACAUCGACGGCAUGAUCCUGCUCUCUGAACUCUCCCGCCGCCGUAUCCGUUCCAUCCAGAAACUCAUCCGAGUCGGGCGGAACGAAGUCGUCGUCGUGCUGCGUGUGGACAAGGAGAAAGGGUAUAUUGAUUUGUCCAAGCGACGAGUGAGUCCGGAGGAUAUUGUCAAGUGCGAGGAGAGGUAUAACAAGAGUAAAGUCGUGCAUUCGAUUAUGAGGCACGUGGCUGAGAAGACCGGGACGCCGAUCCAGGAUCUGUAUCAGGAUAUUGGGUGGCCGUUGAAUAAGAAGUAUGGGCAUGCGGUCGAUGCUUUCAAGUUGUCGAUUACGAACCCGGAUAUCUGGAAUGAGGUUACGUUCAAGAGUGACGUUAUCAAGGAUGAAUUCCACAGCUACAUCAGCAAGAGGCUCACACCACAACCCACGAAGGUGCGCUCGGAUGUGGAGGUGACGUGUUUCGGAUAUGAGGGUAUCGAUGCGGUCAAGACUGCUCUGAGAACUGCAGAGGCGAAGAGUACGGAGGAAACACAAGUCAAGGUCAAGCUGGUUUCGCCUCCUCUUUACGUCUUGACGUGCCAGACGCUGGACAAGACAGUGGGGAUCGAGGUUCUGGAGCAUGCGAUCAAGGAGAUCGAGAGCAACAUUCGCGCUGCGGGUGGCAGCUGCACGGUCAAGAUGGCACCUAAGGCUGUUACAGAGAAUGACGAUGCAGAGUUGCAGAAGCUGAUGGAUCAGAGGGAGAGGGAGAACCAGGAGAUUAGUGGUGAUGAGGAUGAUACUGAGAGUGAUGAGGGGGUCGUUGCGACAGGCGACUAG